UGUCAGUCAGUUUAGUUUUCGACAUGCAGUGUUGAACGUGUCCUUAAAAUAUUACAAUUAGUCCCAUUUUAGUUACUCAUAAUGUUUUUAACACAUUAGAAUCGGUUCGAAUACCAGUUACUAUUAUGUUAAUUUCGUGUAAAAGUCUACUUUGUUUACAUUUACUUCAGAACCAUGGACGAGGAGCCUAACGAGCAUGAGUUAGAGGAGAGGUUGUAUGCUAUGCUACAUCAUGUAGAUGAAACACAGGCAAAUACAAAUAUUACAAAUCAAAAUGAAACUUUGAAGAUCGUGGAAAAUGUUCCUCGUAGUACCUUUCGUCGUUACUGGCGCACUAGUGGUGACCAGCCCACGCAAUUCCAAAAGAUAAACUCUCCUAAAGAAAAUGUUUCAUCCACUGUUAAUAAGAAUUUAACAACAAAAAACACAAAUAACAGUAUUUCAAAUCCAUACCAAGAACCUAAAGAAGAAAAAUGUGGUACUGAAGAAACAGUGCCAACCAUAGAUCUGUCUUUAUUCCAAUCACCACCACAGAAUGUUAAGAAAACAAUUGAAAUAUUGCCAUCAGAGAAUGUCCAAAGUGUUGUGCUUGAAUCUAGUGACGAGGAUGAGGUUAUUGAAGUUGAGUUACCUCCUAAACCGACCAUUACCAUAGGGAGCUCUGAUGAAGACGAAGUAUGCAUUGUUUCUAAACAAGGUAACAAAACUAACAAUCAAAAUGGAAGUAAACCUCAAGCUGUUGCUGAUAACACUACAUUAGUUACUGAUCAACGAGGAGUCUCAGCUAGUCCUGUACCAUCUGUUGUGUCCUCUGUAUCAGAUGAAUUCAUUAGAGGGGAUUGUAUCGCAUUGAAUAUUUCAUCAAAAAGUCAUGAAAACCACAGCUUUGACUUUAGCCUUCAUGGAUUAGACUUACUUGGACAAGUUACACCAAGCAAAAAAAAGAGAAAGAAGAAAUCGAAAGAAUCUGCAACAUCUACACCUAUUCCUACAGCACAGAUAAAAACAACAUGCCUGCCACCUGACGCAUGUUUUGCCACACCAAAAAGUAAAGCCAAAAAGAAGAAACAGAAAUCAAAAUCUUAUAUUGUUUCAAAGAUGAGUAUUCCUAGUGCUGAUGUUUAUGAUUCAGACAGUAACCAGUCUGGAAUAGAUACAAACAAGAACCAAAUUGCUUAUUCAGUAACAGAGAAAAGUUUACCUAAUACUGAUGUAUAUGAAUCUGAUUCAAGCCAACCGGAGCCUCGUAAUAAAACAAAAACAGCUGAAAUUGAAAAUGUUGUGGAUAGUUCUGAUAGUUUCAUCUCUCUGGACAUACAGGUAGUAGAGUCAGAUAAAAAUUCUAAAAAAAAUGUUUGCAAAGAAACACAAAAUAAGUUGGACAGUUCGAUUGUUGAUUUGACUGACAGCGACAAUUAUAUUACCUUGGAUAGCACACAUAUAACUGAAGAUAUUUCUAUGGCAAAUGUUAGUGGAUUUCAAGAAUCAACAGAUUAUGGAGAUGAGCCAGUUGUUAACAGUAAUAAUGCACCAAUAUUAGGCUCGACUAAGGUGCCACAGAUAUUGUUGGAAAAUCUUGAUUUUGGCAAUCUUAAAGGCAAAGAUAACGUUUGCAAAACGAGAAAAUAUUCUUUAACAAAUCUAAGAGCUGAAAUGGAGAAGUUCUAUAAUGAGAGCUGGGGCGGAGAAAAUUUUAAUCACCGUGAAAUACAGAAAUAUAUGUCACGUGACAAGAGUUUGUGGGUAAUUGAUCCUAAAGAUAAAAUACCUGCACUUUCUAAGAGAAAAGUAACAUGUCAAUACUGCAAUCGUUCGGGACAUCGGGACGACACUUGCAGAAUGAAACCACCCGUGUGCUACAUGUGUGGCACAAUGGGACACUACGAGCCACGGUGCCCUAGUAAAAUAUGUGUCAACUGCGGUUCCCCGAACCACAUGUACUCGACGAUGUGCCGCAACUGCGCGUGGUGGUCGACGCUCACGUGCGCCGAGUGCGGCCAGCGCGGCCACCCGCCCUCGCACUGCCCCGACCUCUGGCGGCGGUACCACAACACGAUCGACAACAAUACUCCUUUGGUCACAAACUGGCAAACGAAGAAAAGCCAUCAGCUGUACUGCAGCGGCUGCACGAGACGCGGCCACCUCGUGCACGCGUGCCGGGUUUCCUUACCUUUCUCUGGGUUACCAAUUAACUCCCCGUAUGUGGCGUUUUAUCGCCCCAUAUAUAUGCCCGAUUCACAAGAUCCUACUUCGAAGGCACAGCAAGAACAUAUAACGGCCACCCCGAUCAACGCCCGCCCCGACAGAAACAAGAGGCAAUCCAAAUCGCCCACAAUGCACGAGAAUCAUAUGAAUAAAAAGAAAAACAUUACCGUCACAGAGAUUACGGAGGAGAAAACGAAAAAUGAUGACAUGAGGCCUAGGAAAAACUCCGUGGGCAAAAAUAUAGUCGAAGACGGCACUAAGCCGAAGAAUGUCUCCACCAUAGAUGUACAGCCUAACGAUGUGUUGCCGGCCCCCGAUUUUAUACCUAUCGGCUCGUCCGCGAAUCACGACAAGAAAGGGCACAUGAUUCAAGACAACGAAGUGUCAGGCACGACCGAUGUCGUUACGACAGCCAGGAUUUACGUCACCACUGAUGUCGUUGAAAACAUAAAAUCGGACGACGGCGCAAAAUGGUUGAAGGAUACGGUGGAAAAACUUAACGUCACUGUAGAAAAUUCAGAUUGCGAGUCAGUUCUAAGCAUUAAAGGGAAGGUCGCCGAUCAAGAAGCUUUCCAGAGAGAACUGAGGGAGUGGACGAGACAAAAGCCUAAUACGGAAAUCACCAUACCUACCCGUGGGGAUGGUGUACAACAAACCGACGAAGAGACCAAGAUCCUAACGGAAAACAUACCCAAAAAGAAAUGGGAUCUUUUGAGAAAACUUAGUACUGCUCUUGAUUCUUUGAACUCUGAUCUAGGCGACCCGGAAGCAAUGUACGAAGAGUUAAAUUAUCUCCAAAACCGUCACGAACAGUUACUCAAUCAGAAAGUCAUAAGUACCGAACAGUUGUUAAAUAAUAAAAGAAAUAUUAACGGUAUGAUGAAAAAACUGAACAUGGUUUUGCUCGGACAGAUGGGUCUCGCCGGCGGCAAAGGUCAUCUAAGCGAGCUGUAUUCUCUGCAAAAGAAGAUCACCAAUGUCAGGAAAAAAACCGUGCCCUUGAACUUACGCAUAGCGGUAGGAAUGCACUACCGUACCAUAUUCACCCCAUUACCCCGAGAGGACUACGCGGACUUGUUGAUCAAGUGCAGUAAGAAGAGACAUAAGACGCUGCACAUAAAAAACAAAGUCCAGUUCGGUGCUAAAAAGAGGAACAGGACUCGUAAGAAUUCCGCCGGAUUAGUGCGCUCGCUUCCGGUGCCGCCGGUUCUAAAGCAGCCGGUCCAAAAAGGGAAUCAAACUCCGGUCGUGCCCGAGUUUCAUUCGCAGCCUUCCACGAAACGACCGCUGGCCGUCGGCAAGUUAGUGUUCUACCACAAACGAAUCGUCAACAGCCGUCCGGCCGACGGCGCUCUCAGAAAGGAGCGAACGAAUUUGGUGAGAAAUCUACACUCUCAAAUCGCAUGUUUGAAGAAGAACGAAAAUAUAUCUCCUAAGGCGAUGAAGAAAGUGAAAAAGAUUCAAGCGCGGGCGCAGAUGUUCUUGAGUAACGUGUAAUGGUCUGUGGUGAGGGGCGAUGUAUCUCGUCCCCAGCCGGUAGAAUUGCCCGAAUAUUCGGAUUUUUAUUAUAACCGAUUCGCCGGCGACGUGUAAUAGCACUUCACUGUGCAUGUGAAUUAAAUAUACUUCUUAGUGUAAAGCAUCAUUUCAACUCGUUUUAUUUGUUAUGGAAAUUUGAUUAUACCCCUUAUUAUU